UGUAGAAUUUACAGAUUUAUAAAAAGUUGACAGUAGAAAGCAGCAUGCAUGAGAGCUCCUAUAAAAAUGGCGGCUGAGUGUCCUGGGUGCCGCAUCAUAAAACUUACUGGCAUUUGGUGAUUCCAAUGGAGCUUAAUAUCCUGCUCAUAUUAGUUUCUUUACUAUGUCUACUCUUAGCAAGAAGCAAUGCUUCUCUACCUGCUGAGAUCUACUGGCAUUCCAAGUUACCCAACACCCCAAUUCCUCAAGAACUGCAAGAACUUCUACAACCUGAUAUGAGAGAGCAGUUCCCUCUUUGGGACAUGGGCUUCAAGUCGUUGCAAUCUUUCACACCAAACGCAGGCUACGUUUAUAAUCAACCUUUUAAAUCGUCAGAAGGCUAUGUUUACAGUCAAUCUUUCAAGUCUCCUAAAGAUUAUUAUGUUUAUGGCCAACCUUCUAAGUUGCCUGAAACUGGCUAUGUUUAUAGUCAACCUUUCAAGCCUUCUAAAGAUUAUUAUGUUUAUGGUCAACCUUCCAAGUCAUCUGAAAGCUAUGUCCAUAAUCAACCUUCUAAGUUGCCUGAAACUGGAUAUGUUUAUAGUCAAUCCUUCAAGUCUCCUAAAGAUUAUUAUGUUUAUGGUCAACCUGCCAAGUCAUCUGAAAGCUAUGUCCAUAAUCAACCUGCCAAGUCAUCUGAAAGCUAUGUCCAUAAUCAACCUGCUAAGUUGCCUGAAACUGGAUAUGUUUACAGUCAAUCCUUCAAGUCUCCUAAAGAUUAUUAUGUAUAUGGUCAACCUGCCAAGUCAUCUGAAAGCUAUGUCCAUAAUCAACCUUCUAAGUUGCCUGAAACUGGAUAUGUUUAUAGUCAAUCCUUCAAGCGGCCUUCUGAUGGUCAAACUGAUGGGGAAAAUAUACAUGGAAAACACCUAUCCAAUUCGAAUGUAUUUUUAUAUAAUGAUCUGCAUGAGGGUAAAAAGAUGAGGCUUCAUAUAACUAAAUCCACAAACAAAGCUAGAAUUUUAGCUCGUCAGGUUGCUGAUUCCAUACCUUUUUCAACUGACAAGUUUCCAAGCAUUUUGGAGCACUUGUCUAUAAAACCUGAAUCACCACAAAGCAAGAUCAUCAAGAAAACACUAACGGAUUGUGAGUUUCCAGGCAUUAAAGGAGAAGAAAAAUCUUGUGUCACAUCUUUGGAGUCCUUAAUAGAUUUUACUGUGGCACAUAUUGGGGAUAAUGUUCAAGUACUUUACAACGAGAUAGAAAAGCCCACAAUGGAGCAAGAAUACACUAUCUUGGGAGUGAAAACGAUGGGAAAAAAUCCUGUGGUAUGCCAUAAGCAGAACUAUCCGUAUGCUGUGUAUUAUUGCCAUGAAAUUAAGGCUACCAAUGUUUAUAUGGCUCCAUUAAUGGGCGCUGACGGGACAAAAGCUAAAGCAAUUGUUGUGUGCCAUUCAGACACCUUGAAUUGGAACCCAAAGAACGUGAUGUUUGUGCUCUUGAAUGUCAAGCCAGGCGAAGGAACUGUUUGCCACAUAAUUGGAAGUGAUACACUUGUCUGGUUAUCCACUGAAGCUGUGUGAGAAAGCUCCAGAAAGUAACAAACUACCUGGUACUGCUUGAGUUAUGGAUGCUUUGAAGUCUUAUAUAUAUAUUGCUUUCAGUAAUGUCUAGUUCAAAUUCCUGAAGCAUUCUACGUCUGCCUAUAUGUAUAUAUUUGGCAAAUUGCUUGUACUGCUAGUAAUCUCGUUAGUUUUAAUGUGUUCUUGACAAUAAUUAUGUAUUGCUUUCAGUACAUGUCUAGUUCAAAAAUCCUUGUAGCAUGCUUAAUUAUGUGUGCCUUUCUAAGUAUCCUUUGCAAAAUGCUUGUAAGCUAAUAUCUUUUUUAGCUUUGGAUGUACAUUUUAAAUAAAAAUGACUGUAUUAUUGCAUCAA